AUGGGCUCACCACUUGGACCAUUCCUCGCAAGUGUCAUCAUGGGCAAGAUCGAGGAAACGACGCUCAAAGACACUAUCAAUGACCUGAAGUUCUAUGGUGGGUACGUGGAUGAAAUCUUUUGCCUGACAAAUAAGACCGCUGAUAUCGAUGGUCUAGUCCAAACAUUUAAUACGGCCCACACAGCGCUAACAUUUACAGUGGAAACAGAGGCGAACGAGGAACUCGCUUUCCUAGACGUCCUCGUACACAGACAACCGGAUGGCUCAAUACAACGCCGACUAUUUCGAAAGAAAACCUGA